AUGUUCUAUUUUCUUCUUUCCGGUGCUAUUCUACUAACAAUUAAUGCAGAUGUUAAUAUAACAUGCUAUGAAUGUAAUGGUUGUACAUCAACACCAACAGAAAUAUCUAUUGAUAAUGAUUUAUGUUUUCGUAUUCAAAUGAAUUGUCUAUCAAUGGGUAUACAUGUCACUGAUCUAACGGGUGAUCAAUCACAUUCAAAUCAUUCGCCAUCGAAUUGUGAUCAAACACUUAGUUAUUCAUCAGCAUGUACAGUAUCUUAUUAUUGUUGUUCAACAGAUAAAUGUAAUACAUAUGAAAAGCCACUUUUACCAUCAUCAUCAUCAUCAUCAUCAUUAUUAUUAUUUAGAAUAAACAAAAUAGUAUUUAGCUUUUAUAUAAUAUAUCAUUUUAAGUACUACAAUAAAUCUAUUUAA